GAGACGAGCCGGGGCCGCACGCCUGUUCCCGGGGCCGCGCUGCGCAGGACCAGGAGCGACUUUGACAAGAGUGCGCCAAUCGAAUCCGGGAGGAAGCGGAAUUUAGACAUCGUUCACCGUUCCUGACACCGCUGCUGUAUUCACGAGUCGACUUAACCCAGUGCACACUUUGCCAUCGACGCGCUAAACUUGGGGUAUAAAAAGCAACCAGGACCGCCAUGAUGAGCAACAACUACAGCGAGGAGCCGCAGUACUACCAGGCCGCCGACUUUGGCGGGGAGGAGGACGACGAGAUGCCGGCCACGGAGAAGGACCUGGCCGAGGACGCGCCGUGGAAGAAGAUCCAGCAGAACACGUUCACUCGGUGGUGCAACGAGCACCUGAAGUGCGUCAACAAGACCAUCGGCGACCUGCAGCGCGAAUUCAGCGACGGCCUGAAGCUCAUCUGGCUGCUGGAGGUGCUGAGCCAGAAGAAGAUGUACCGCAAGUACCACAGCAGGCCCAACUUCCGCCAGAUGAAGCUGGAGAACGUCUCCGUGGCCCUGGAGUUCCUGGACCGGGAGCACAUCAAGCUGGUGUCCAUUGACAGCAAAGCCAUUGUUGACGGAAAUCUAAAGCUGAUCCUGGGUCUCAUCUGGACUCUCAUCCUGCACUACUCUAUAUCCAUGCCCAUGUGGGACGACGACGACGACGAGGAGACCAAGAAGAUGACGCCCAAGCAGCGUCUGCUGGGCUGGAUACAGAACAAAGUGCCCCAGCUGCCCAUCAACAACUUCAAUCGUGACUGGAGGGACGGCAAAGCCCUCGGAGCUUUGGUGGACAACUGCGCUCCAGGUUUGUGUCCUGAUUGGGCCGAGUGGGACCCCAACCAGCCUGUGGAGAAUGCCAGAGAAGCCAUGCAGCAGGCGGAUGAUUGGCUGGGUGUGCCGCAGGUGAUUGCACCUGAGGAGAUCGUGGAUCCAGAUGUGGAUGAGCACUCAGUGAUGACCUACCUGUCACAGUUCCCCAAAGCCAAGCUCAAGCCAGGAGCCGCUCUCAGACCCAAGCAGCUUUUCCCUCACAAGGCCAAAGCCUACGGACCCGGUAUUGAGCCUCAUGGUAACAAGGUGCUUCACCCUGCUGUGUUCACUGUGGAGACUCUGGAAGCUGGCAGUGGUGAGGUUCUGGUCUAUGUGGAGGAUCCAGAGGGACACAAAGAAGAGGCUAAAGUGAAACCCAACAAGGACAAGAACAGAACCUACACUGUCACUUAUGUUCCUAAAGUUGAAGGGCUCCACAAGGUCAAGGUGUUAUUUGCAGGUCAGGAUAUUGACAAAAGCCCCUAUUCAGUGAAUGUCGCGAAGGACAUGGGUGACCCCAGUAAAGUACACGCCAGGGGACCUGGUCUGGAGCGCACUGGGAAUAUGGCCAACAAACCCACCUACUUUGACAUCUACACAGCCGGUGCUGGCAAUGGCGAUAUCAGCGUGCUAAUUGUUGACCCUCAGGGUAAAAACGACACAGUGGAGAUCAUUCUGGAGAACAAGGGCGACAGUGUGUUUCGAUGCACGUAUCGUCCUGUGAUUGAGGGUCCUCACUCCAUCCAUGUACUGUUUGGAGGACAUGAGAUCCCAAAGAGCCCAUUCCUUGUCAACAUCGCAGAAGCACCUCCUGUUGCUCCUCUCACGGGAGCUCCAUUGCAGAUAAUUCCUCAGUCAGUGCUCACUCCUCCUGGAACAAAGGGGCCCCCACCAAAAAAGCCAGUCCGCCCAACCAUCAAUCCAAACGCCUGCAGAGCAACAGGCAGAGGCCUUCAGUCUAAGGGCGUGAGAGUAAAGGAGGUUGCAGACUUUAAAGUUUUCACCAAGGGAGCUGGGAGUGGAACAUUGAACGUCUCAGUCAGAGGACCCACUGGAGCACAGGAGCAAGUGAAAGUGCGAGAUGCGGGAAACGGCGUUUAUGAAUGCGAGUAUUACCCCCUCAAGCCGGGUAAAUAUACAGUCAGCAUCACAUGGGGAGGCCAGCCCAUCCCACGCAGCCCGUUUGAAGUGGAGGUGGCACCAGAGGCAGGUUUCCAGAAGGUGAGGGCCUGGGGUCCUGGUCUCAAGACAGGGAUGGUGGGAAAAUCUGCUGACUUUGUGGUAGAGGCCAUAGGCACAGAUGUCGGAACUCUGGGCUUCUCCAUUGAAGGCCCGUCCCAGGCAAAGAUAGAGUGUGACGACAAGGGUGACGGCUCCUGCGACGUCCGCUAUUGGCCCACUGAACCCGGCGACUACGCCAUCCAUGUAAUUUGCGACGACGAGGACAUCAAGGACAGUCCCUUCAUGGCCCACAUUCUCCCCGCCGCCAAUGAAAGCUUCCCAGAGAAGGUGAAAGCGUUCGGGCCGGGCCUGCAGCCAACUGGCGUUACUGUGAACAAACCAACGGAAUUCACUAUUGAUGCCCGCAUGGCUGGGAAGGGUCCCCUCACAAUCUAUGCCCAGGAUGCCGAAGGCUGCACCAUCAACAUCAAAAUCACCGACAAAGGUGACGGCACGUACCUGUGCAUGUACACCCCCGCCAAGCCCAUUAAACACACCAUCAUCGUCGCCUGGAACGGCGUAAACGUGCCCAACAGCCCCUUCAGGGUGCUGGUCGGAGAGGGUUGUCAUCCAGACAAGGUCAAGGUCUAUGGGCCCGGAGUGGAGAAGACGGGCCUCAAGGCUAACGAGCCGACAUACUUCACUGUGGACUGCAGCGAGGCUGGUCAAGCCGGAUUUGGAACGUCCUCUCUGAACUAUUCUCGCUGCUGUGCACUGCUAGGCGACAUCAGCAUCGGAAUCAAGUGCGCCCCAGGGGUGGUUGGCCCUGCCGAGGCAGACAUCGACUUUGACAUCAUCAAGAAUGACAAUGACACCUUUACUGUCAAGUACACUCCCCCGGGCGCAGGUCGCUACACCAUCAUGGUGCUCUUUGCUGACCAGGAAAUUCCCAUCAGUCCAUUCAAAGUCAAAGUUGACCCCUCUCACGAUGCUGGCAAGGUGAGAGCAGAGGGCCCCGGACUCAACAAGACAGGAGUGGAGUUGGGCACGCCAACCCACUUCACCAUCUACACGAAGGGAGCAGGCAAAGCCAAGCCAGAGGUGCGCUUUGCCGCCUCGGGCCCGGGAGAGGCGGUCCGUGACUUUGAGAUCAUCGAUAACCACGAUUACUCCUACACAGUCAAAUACACCGCUCUUCAACAGGGUAACAUGGCCAUCACGGUGACCCAUGGAGGAGAUCCCAUCCCCAAGAGUCCCUUCCACAUCACAGUGGCACCACAGCUGGAUAUUGGGAAGGUCAAAGUGGAGGGAUUAGACACCAAAGUGGAAGUGGGAAGGGACCAAGAAUUCACAGUGAACACAAAGAGUGCCGGCGGGCAGGGCAACGUAGGCGUGAAGAUGACCUCACCCACCGGCCGACCAAUCCCGUGCAAGCUGGAGUCGGACAAAGCCAAAGGCACGCACAGCGUGAAGUACAUCCCCCCAGAAGAGGGGCAGUACAAGGUGGAUGUCAGCUAUGAUGGGAACCCUGUCAUGGGAAGCCCCUUUGGGGUGGAAGCGGUGAUGCCCGCUGAUCCAUCAAAGGUCCGAGCAUUUGGUCCUGGUCUUCAGGGCGGUAUCGUGGGUAAACCGGCUCCGUUCACUAUCGACACAAAGGGAGCGGGCGCCGGUGGGCUGGGCCUAACGGUGGAAGGUCCCUGCGAGGCCAAAAUCGAGUGCCAAGACAACGGCGACGGCACUUGCUCGGUAGCCUACCUGCCCACCGAGGCCGGAGAGUAUGCCAUCAACAUCCUGUUCGCCGAGCAGCACAUCCCCGGCUCUCCUUUCAAGGCGGCAGUACGCCCCGCGUUCGACGCCAGCAAGGUCACGGCCAGCGGCCCCGGUCUGGAGAGGGCCAAGGCGGGGGAGGCGGCCACCUUUACUGUGGACUGCACGCGGGCCGGCGAUGCAGAGCUCACCAUCGAGAUCGUAUCGGAGACCGGGGCUAAGGUUGAGGUGCACAUCCAGAAAACGGCAGAGGGAACGUUCUCCGUCACGUACAUCCCACCGUUCCACGGCGCACACACCAUUACCAUCAAGUACGGAGGUCACAUGAUCCCCCACUUCCCCAAGGUUCUGCAGGUGGACCCCUCCGUCGACACCAGUGGGGUGCACGUCUACGGGCCAGGAGUGGAGCCAAGAGGCGUCCUGCGAGAAGUCACGACCCACUUCAUUGUGGACGUGCGGGCUCUCAACAAGCUUGGAGGAAAUCACGUGAAGGCUCGCAUUGUCAGUCCCUCGGGCACCACCACGGACGGCUACACCACCGACAAGGGCGACGGCACCUACAGAGUGGAGUACACGCCCUUUGAGGAUGGCGUGCAUCUUAUUGAGGUAUUCUAUGACGACGUACCUGUACCUAAGAGUCCCUUCAGAGUGUCAGUGGUGGAGGGAUGCGAUCCAACCCGGGUGAGGGCGUACGGACCGGGUCUGGAAGGAGGAAUAACCAACAAGCCUAACUGCUUCACUGUGGAGACCAGGGGUGCCGGUACGGGAGGUUUGGGCCUAACCAUCGAGGGCGCGUCCGAGGCCAAAAUAUCCUGCAAAGACAACAAAGACGGAAGCUGCAGUGUGGAGUACGUCCCCUUCACGCCCGGAGAAUAUGACGUCAACAUCAACUACGGUGGGCACCCCAUCCCCGGCAGUCCCUUCAAGGUGCCCGUCAAGGACCCCGUGGACCCCAGCAAGGUCAAGUGCUCCGGUCCCGGCCUGGGUUCUGGAGUGAGAGCGCACAUCCCUCAAACGUUCACGGCAGACUGCACUCAGGCUGGACAGGCGGCACUGGAUGUCAAACUCUUUGGGCCAACAGGUACCAUGGAGCCAGUGGGGGUUAAAAACAACGGUGAUGGAACCCACACAGUUCACUACACCCCAGCUCAGGAUGGAGCGUACACGGUGGCUGUCAAAUAUGCAGAUCAGGAGAUCCCACAUAGUCCAUUCAAGGUAAUGUCUCAGCCCGGCCACGACGCCAGUAAGGUGCGAGCCACCGGCCCGGGUCUGGACAGCAAAGGUGUGUCGGCCAGCCUUCCCGUGGAGUUCACCAUUGACGCUCGAGAUGCUGGCGAAGGGCUGCUCACUGUGCAGAUUCUGGACCCAGAAGGCAAGCCAAAGAACGCAAGCAUCCAGGACAACAGGGACGGAACCUACACGGUGUCCUACGUACCGGACUCCAUCGGCCCGUACACCAUCACCAUCAAAUACGGAGGGGACGAGAUUCCGUACUCCCCCUACCGGAUUCAGUCGAAUCCCACUGGAGAUGCCAGCAAGUGUCGCCUCACAGUGUCCAUAGGAGGACAUGGUGUAUCGGGCCUUCAGAAGCUGCAGACCUCGGAGGAUACGGUAAUCACGGUGGAUGCCAAGGCCGCCGGCAAGGGCAAGGUAACGUGCAAGGUGUUGACCCCGCAAGGAAUGGAGAUGGACAUGGACGUGGUGGAGAAUCACGACGGGACCUUCGACAUUUACUACACGGCCCCCGAACCUGGCAAAUAUGUGAUCACCAUUCGCUUUGGAGGACAGAACAUCCCCAAGAGCCCCUUCCAUGUGGUGGCCUCAAACGAGCCGGUCGCUCCUCGCGACACGGUCGAUCCUCUCUUCAGACCGGUCAACUUCCUCGUGCCGUUCACGCCGCAGCAAGGAGAAAUAUCAGGCGAGGUCCGGAUGCCCUCGGGCAAGACGGCCAGGCCACACAUCACGGAUAACAAAGAUGGCACCAUCACCAUCAAGUACCAACCCACCGAGCGAGGCCUGCACGAGAUGGACAUCAAAUAUGACGGCAACCACAUCCCAGGAAGUCCUCUACAGUUCUUCGUGGAUGCCGUGAACAGCGGAGUGGUGUCGGCUUACGGUCCGGGCCUGAGUUACGGCAUGGUCAACAAAGCUGCCACCUUUACUGUGGUCACUAAGAACGCAGGAGAAGGUGGUCUCUCCCUGGCAGUGGAGGGCCCGUCGAAGGCGGAGAUCACCUGCAAGGACAACAAAGACGGCACCUGUACUGUGUCCUACCUUCCCACGGCGCCCGGAGACUACAACAUCAUUGUCAAGUUUGACAACAAGCACAUUCCCGGCAGCCCUUUUAUUGCCAAGAUCACCGGCGACGACGCCAUUACCAGGACGUCACAGCUGAACGUGGGCACGGCCGCCGACGUGUCGCUCAAGAUCGCCGAAACGGACCUGAGCUCACUCAGCGCCAGCAUCCGAGCGCCCUCGGGCAACGAGGAGCCCUGCCUGCUCAAGAGGCUGCCCAACAGACACCUCGGUAUCUCGUUUACCCCUAAAGAGGUGGGCGAGCACGAAGUGAGUGUGAGGAAGAACGGCGUGCACGUGGCCAACAGCCCUUUCAAGAUCAUGGUCGGCCAAUCGGAGAUCGGCGAGGCCAGCCGGGUCAAAGCUUUCGGCAAAGGCCUGGUGGAGGCGCAUACUUUUGAGAUGGCCGAAUUUUUCGUGGACACCAGGAAUGCCGGUUACGGCGGGCUGGCGCUGUCAAUCGAGGGUCCGAGCAAAGUGGACAUCAACUGUGAAGAUAUGGAGGACGGGACGUGCAGAGUGACCUACUGUCCCACAGAACCUGGAAAUUACACCGUUAACAUCAAGUUUGCCGAAAAGCACAUCCCAGGAAGUCCGUUCACAGUGAAGGUGACCGGCGAAGGAAGGAUGAAGGAGAGCAUAACCAGAAAGAGGCAGGCGUCCUCGAUUGCUUCGGUGGGAAGCACCUGUGGACUCAACCUGAAAAUUCCAGGAAACUGGUUCCAGAUGGUGUCCGCCCAGGAGAGGCUGACCCGGACGUUCACCCGCAGCAGCCACACUUACACGCGCACCGAGCGCACAGAGAUCAGCAAAACCCGCGGCGGCGAGACCAAGCGGGAGGUCCGGGUGGAGGAGAGCACCCAGGUGGGCGGGGGAGGAAGCCCCUUCAGGGACGUCUUUGGAGACUUCCUGGGCCGCGAGAGCCUCAGCAGCUUCGCCGGCAUCGCGGCCAGACCUGAAGCUGAGGGGGGCUCGCAGGCCAUGACGGCCCAGGUGACCAGCCCCGGGGGGAAGACGGUGGACGCCGACAUCGUGGACAGUGGAAGCAGCACCUACAGUGUGCGAUUCAUCCCCCAGGAGAUGGGACCCCACACCGUCAACGUCAAGUACAGAGGCCAGCACGUCCCCGGGAGCCCCUUCCAGUUUACGGUGGGGCCAAUGGGCGAGGGGGGGGCGCACAAGGUCCGUGCGGGAGGUCCUGGCCUGGAGAGAGGCGUGGCCGCAGCACCUUCUGAAUUCAGCAUCUGGACCAGAGAGGCCGGCGCCGGCGGGCUGUCCAUUGCCGUGGAGGGGCCGAGCAAGGCGGAAAUCUCCUUCGAGGACAGGAAGGACGGCUCCUGCGGCGUCUCCUACAUCGUGAAAGAACCUGGUGACUACGAGGUGUCAAUUAAGUUCAACAACGAGCACAUCCCCGACAGCCCGUUCAUCGUUCCCAUCGCGACGCUGUCAGACGAAGCCCGCAGGCUCACGUUCACAAGCCUGCAGGAGAAGGAUUUGAAGGUAAACCAAGAAGCCUCGUUUCUGGUGCAGCGCAACGGGACUCGCGGUGUGGUGGACGCCAAGGUCCACACCCCGUCCGGCUGCUCCGAGGAGUGUUACGUCACCGAGCUGGAUGGCGACAAAACCGCCGUGCGCUUCAUUCCCCGGGAGAACGGCGUUCACGCCAUAGACGUCAAGUUCAACGGCUGCCACAUCCCCGGAAGCCCCUUCAACGUGCGGGUGGGAGACCCGGGACUGGUCGGAGAUCCGGGCAUGGUCACGGCACACGGACCCGGACUGCUGGGCGGAAACACGGGCGUGCCCUCCGAGUUUGUGGUCAACACGUGCAACGCCGGCCCGGGGACACUGUCGGUGAACAUCGACGGGCCGUCCAAAGUCAAGAUGGACUGCUGCGAGUGCCCCGAAGGCUACAAAGUCAGCUACAUCCCCAUGGCGCCCGGCAACUAUCUCAUCACCAUCAAAUACGGCGGGCCGCAGCACAUCGUGGGGAGCCCCUUCAAAGCUAAAGUCACAGGCGCCCGACUGUCGGGCGGACACAGCCUCCACGAGACGUCAUCCGUCCUGGUGGAGACGGUCACCAAAUCCUCCAAAGUGGGCGGCGGGGCCUUCAGCUCCUCCGCAACGGCCGCCUCGUCCAAGCUGACGUCGGACGCCAGCAAGGUGGUCUGCCGCGGAAUGGGCCUGAGCAAGGCCACGGUGGGCCAGAAAAACAAUUUCACGGUCGACUGCGGCAAUGCAGGCAGCAACAUGCUAAUGGUGGGCGUGCACGGACCUCACGCCCCGUGCGAGGAGGUGUACGUGAAGCACAUGGGCAACAAGCUCUACAACGUCACUUACACGGUCAAGGACAAGGGCAGCUACACCGUCAUCGUCAAGUGGGGCGACGACAACGUCCCCGGGAGCCCCUACAAAGUGGCCGUGCCUUAAAAUCAACGCAUCAAAGCUCAGCCCACCAAUUGUCUUUAUCUCACUUUGGACUGAUCAGAAUAUACUGCACUAAGACUAAAAGCGGUUUCAGUGAGCGAAGGUGUGUGUGUGUGUGUCAAAUUAUGUUUGAAAUACCAGACACUGCAUUUACAAAUAAGCGUAGUUGCAAACAAAGUGUGCUUUACGAUUCUGAGUGAUGCUUGUUUGGCGAUUUACCUUUUUUUCCUCCGCUCUGUUCUGCAAGUGUAAUAUGUUGCGAAUGUUAAUCGGGAAUAGCCAAAGUAAUCGACAGCAUUGAAGUGAGGCGCACUGUGGUUUUUCUACAAUUGAAGAAGGAAUGAUUGCCUUUUUAUUAACCUAUUUUUGCAAACCUAAUAAAGACUUCAUGGAUAAAUCUC